AUGGGAAUGAAGGCUCAUGGAGUCCUUUUCAUCGCCAUCCUGCCCAUUUACCUGGGUUGCCAAGAAGAGGCGGACUGCCAAGUCACGGAGCUUCUGCAGAGGAGUUUGGAGGUGGAGACCCCGCAUCUCAGACGGUUGAAGGCCUCACCGAUGUUUUGGCUUCAUAUCCCGAAGUGUGGCACCAGCUUCUACAACACGGUGACGCACCUGCCGGGCAUGUGCCCAGACCUUCCAGUGAAUCUUAGCAUGGGCGAUGAAUCUGUUUGGGGUAAAUGCUUUGAGACGCACUUCCGCGCGCUUUGCCCCACCCUGUGCGACCAGAAGCUGCUCCAUUGCGAUUGGCCACCCACAGCUACUCAUCAGUUUUUGGUGGAUUCCAAGUAUGAAGAAUACAAGGGCCACUUUGUGGGGCUCUUUCGUCAACCUGAGCAGCGCUUGCUCUCGGCCUACCAUGACGACAAAGACCUCUUUCGCUCUGACCCUUUUAUCCCGGCGUGCUCGAAUGAGACCAUGACCAAGGAAUUGUCUAUGGAGGAGUUUAUCCAGAGAUAUGCGAGUUUCGAGACGGGACAGCUGGUGGGGACGUUGAUCAAUCUGACAUUGGCGGAUGUGCCCAAAGCCAUCGAACGGCUGGAGCAGGGCUUUGCCUUUGUGGGCCUACAAGAAGAGUGGGAGCUGUCAAUUUGCCUCUUCCAUGCCAAGUUUGGUGGCCCUUGCCUCUCCGUCGACUUCGAGGACACACGACCCUCUCAUGGAGGGAAGGCCUCGCUUUAUGACACUUCGAUCCUCAAUGGCUGGGUGGACGAGCUGGAUCGGCCGGUCUACGCCAAGGCGAAGGAGAUCUUCGAACGCGAUCUGCAGAAGUUUGGGAUCUCCCAUGAGACCUGCAAGUCCUGUUAUGACGAAGCCGGCUUGGUGUGGCAAGAUUAA